GAACAGAUUAGCCUUCUCUUGUGCUCCUGUGCCUGUUCCAGAGGGCAAAUUCCUCCACAACUGAUCCUCUACCUGGAUGAGAAGAGGAGAAUUGCAUGGAAAAAGUGCAAGCCAGAACAGCCCAGUCUGGAUGGAACGUGGCUAUGCAUACAAGUACCCUUCAUUCCAAUUUGACUGCAGCACAGCAGGAGCAGAUUCCGAUUCGCAUGAACUUUAUUUGAGUUGGAUAUUCCUAAAUCCCACCCCUGACUCCUUUCUUAAAAGGGAUUGAAUUUCCUUUGCUUAUGUUUCUCUGAAGAGGAGUAGUAUACGUGUACAUUUUUUUCAGGAAGAGAGUGGGACGCUCUUCUGCUCUCAGCCCGAAUGUGGAUUUACUGCUUGGAUCGAAUGAGCUCACAUCUCACACUGCCGGGAGAAAAACACUGCAUUUUCUCCCCACAAAGGAUUUAUACCUAAAUAAGUUUGCGUGAGUUAGAGGCACCCCAGACUCAUGGCCUGGCUGCUUCUUAGGACUUGCUUCCCAAAAAUUGCCCCCAGAGGCAAACUUUCUUAUAAAACUAGAGCGUGGAGCAGUGGAGGGCUGACUGCAUACAUGCCAGAAGCCACAGCUUUCCCUGGCCCACCAAAGGACCACCAAGGAUUGUAUCAAGUGUCUGUGGAGCAAACAGAUGCAUUCUGGGGAGCAUUAGGAAGAAGCCGGCUUACGUGGAGCAAUCCUUUUCAUUCUGUUCAUAACUGUAACCUACAACAAGGCCACGUGUCCUGGUUCCUUGGAGGGAAGUUAAAUGUAUCAGUCAACUGUUUGGAUCGACAUGUCCACAAAGGCCCAAAUAAAGUGGCCCUCAUCUGGGAGAAAGAUGAGCCGGGCCAAGAGGAUCGAAUUACAUAUAGGGAAUUGUUGGAGAUGACAUGCCGGAUUGGGAACACCUUAAAACGGCAUGGGGUGAGGAAGGGUGAGCGAGUCACCAUUUACAUGCCCCCGUGUCCAAUGGCUGUGGCAAGUAUGCUGGCCUGUGCCCGGAUUGGAGCAAUACACGCGGUGGUAUUUGCUGGAUUCAGUUCUGUUGCGCUGGCUGACAGAAUCCGAGACGCUCAGUCUGAAACAGUGAUCACAGUAAACCAAGGUUUGCGUGGAGGCAAGGUUGUCAAACUAAAGCAGACAGUGGACGAGGCUGUAAAAUUGUGUCCCAUGGUGAAGCGAGUAUUUGUUUCAAUGAGGACAGAUGAGAAAGUGCCCAUGUCAAGCCUGGAUUUACCACUGGAAGAGGAGAUGAUGAAAGAGGAUGUGCACUGUGAGCCUGUUGCCUUGGAGAGUGAAGAUGUUCUGUUCCUCCUCUACACUUCAGGAAGUACUGGAAAACCCAAAGGACUGGUCCACUCUCAGGCAGGCUAUUUGCUGUUUGCUGCCGUCACACACAAGUAUGUAUUUGACUACUGUGAUGGAGAUGUUUUUGGCUGCGUCGCAGACAUUGGUUGGAUCACAGGACACAGCUAUGUGGUGUAUGGACCAUUGUGCAAUGGAGGAACUACAGUCCUUUUUGAGAGCACUCCAGUGUAUCCUAAUCCAGGGCGUUACUGGGAAACUGUGGAGAGGUUAAAGAUAAAUCAGUUCUAUGGAGCACCUACAGCUAUUCGUCUACUACUUAGACAUGGUGAUGAGUGGGUAAAAAAAUAUGACAGAUCUUCCCUCAAAAUACUUGGAUCAGUGGGAGAACCUAUCAACACGAAAGCCUGGGAGUGGUACUUCAAUGUGGUUGGAGACGGCCGGUGUCCAGUAGUUGACACAUGGUGGCAAACCGAAACAGGAGGCAUCUGUAUUGCUCCUCGACCUUCAAACCCUGGGGAUGAGAUCCUUCCAGCCAUGGCCAUGAGACCAUUUUUUGGCAUCAGACCUUCCCUUCUGGAUAACAAAGGAAAUGUUUUAUCACAGAAUGAUGUCUCUGGAGCUCUCUGCAUUUCUCAGGUCUGGCCAGGCAUGGCAAGAACCAUAUACAAUGAUCACCAGAGGUUCCUGGAGACCUACUUGAUGCCUUUCCCAGGAUAUUUCUUCACUGGGGAUGGAGCAUAUCGGACAAGUGAAGGAUACUAUCAGCUGACAGGCCGGCUUGAUGACGUCAUCAAUGUCAGUGGGCACAGGCUGGGUACUGCUGAGAUAGAAGAUGUCCUGAAUAAGCAUCAGGCAGUGGCAGAGUCAGCUGUGAUUGGAUAUCCUCACGAGAUCAAAGGAGAAGGUGCCUAUGCAUUCAUUGUGCUGAAGAAGGGUUCUCAUCUCUCCCAACAGAGCCUGAUUCCUGAGCUUCAGGGUCUGGUUUCAAAAGAGAUUGCAAAAUAUGCAGCACCGGAAUACAUUCAGGUAGCUCGACAUCUGCCAAAGACACGCUCAGGGAAGAUUAUGCGGCGGGUUCUGAAGAAGAUUGUAGAAGACAAAGCAGAUGAACUUGGAGAUCUGACAACUCUGGAUGAUCAUGAGGCAGUGAAAGAGAUCAUUGAGGGUCAUAAGCAACUUCUGCAGAAACAGCAGAGCCAGUAGUGCAAGAGCUCCCAAGCACCCAAAGCUGCAUCAAGAGUAUCUUGCAAGCAGCAGCCUUUCCGCUGCUGUAAUCCCUUGCAGAGGGGAAAGGGACUUGAUUCACUGUAAAUGAAGAACAGCUAAAGUAGCCAAUCAUAUUUUCCAACAGGAAAAGGGAACGUAGAGGCAGUUGCAAAGCAAAAGGGAAAGAGUAUGCUGGAGACCAGGUUCCUUUCUUUUCCCAAACCUUUCCCAGCGGUCAGUGCAUGUGCUCCAAGGUUCACAUAAAAAAUUGAAACUGAGGUCUGCAAUGAAGGAAAUGCGAAACAUUCAAGUCAACACUCUUCACAUUUAGACAGACUUCCAAGUUUACUUUAUUCCACAUUCUGAAGGAAAACACCCUUCAGAUUUUAUUGCUUGACAACACUGAUCAAGUGGUUAACAUAUGAAGGACAAUAUGUGGAUGGAGAAAAGGUACUUGAAUAGGAUGCUAUGCAGAAGCCUCUCCUGUUGACUGUCAGAGGCUUUAUCCCUUCUAGCAUCUCAACUUUUAAACAACACAGGAUACACACUUUUUCCAAGUUUUGUUUCUGAGACCACUCUUCCCCUUAAUAUUAACCCAGAGAGGACUAGAACACUUUUUAAAAAUCCAAAUAAAUCUCAAACCCACAUAA